CCCUCACAUAUAGAGUCGCGGCGGAGAGUGUGUUUGCGCGCCCGCCGCCUGCUCUUCCCUCUCCUGCCCUCUCGGAACGACAUUUCCCAGCAGCCACCGCGCCCCGCCCCGCUCCCUUUCCUUCCUGCUCCGCGCGGCGCCUCUUGGGAGUUGAAGUCCGAGGCGGAGGAGUUUCCGUCGGUGCCGUUGAAAGCUAUGAGGAGGAUCGACAGCAGACACAGCCGGGAUGACAUCCCCCUGGAGGACCAGGAGACGGAAGGGCAGAGGCAGCUCAAGAGCCUCCUGCACCAUCAGCUCGACACAUCUGUCUCCAUUGAGCAGUGUGUGUCCAAGCGCCGCUGCUUUGCGCCUGCAGCACUCUACAAGCCCUUUGGAGAGGAAGCCGCUGGGACCUGCACCUUGCCUCAGUUCCAGGCACUGCAGGAAAGCAACAAAGAGGCCGCCGCUCUUCGAGAGCUGGGCCUCUCAGACGCCGAGAUCCAAUUCUGGAAGACCCAUGCCUUGGCAGAUAAGAGUCCCGGCCUUGGAGCAGCCCCCGAGGCGAUACGAGAGAGGAUCGGGGCCAUCGAGGAGAAGAUGGCCGAGCGCCGGCGCAUCCUUUCGCUGCCCCAGCGCUUUGCGGGCAGCAAGCAGCUGAGCAGGCGAGAGAUGGAGAUUGAGAGCUCUCUCUUCCAGGGCACGGACCGCCAUGCCUUCCUCAGGGUUCUGUACCACCAAGAUGAGGCUACGCAGGAGGACCCCUUGUCACACCUCAGCACAACUCUUGGCCGCCGGCCUGAGGGGCUUCCCUUGCCUCCCCAAAGUAACCCAGAUGUGCCGUGCCCCGUGCCUCCCAGUAGCACCCCAGUGUCUCAGGGCGCAGAUCCCCGGCCAACCCCAGCACCCGUGAUGGUGACAGAGCCGGUGGAGUUUAUCCCAGAGGAGGAGAUCCGCAAAAACCGCCUCUCAGAGGAGGAGAUCCGCCAGAUUCCCCGGUUUUCCUCCUACAGCACUGGAGAGCCAAGCGAGGUGCUGUACUUGAAGAACCUCAGCCGCCGCGUCAACAUGAAGGAGCUGCUGUCUUUGUUUGCGAGGUUCCAGGAGGAGGGAGGCCCCCAGAUCCAAUUCCGCCUGCUGAGUGGGCGCAUGAAAGGACAAGCUUUCCUCACCUUUCCCAGUAUCUCAACAGCACAGGCAGCCCUGCAGCUGGCAAAUGGCUUCAUCCUGCUGGGGAAGCCCAUGGUUAUUGAGUACGGGAGGAAGAAGACACCUUGACUCUGAGCCUUCAUCCUGGAGUCUCCCCUGCGCUGCAACAAAGUGGAAACAGCCAGAGCAGUUUCCCGUGGACGUGCGGGCAGCUGAAAAGUCCAAGCCAGAAAGAAUUGUCACUUGCUGCCAGGGACAGAGACCUGGGACUGUGUGACGGACAGCUGAGCUAGACCAGAGUGCCUCCAAAUUCCACCAGAGGCUGGGAACCUCUGUCUGUUUGGCUACCAAGACAGCUAGCCAGAGGGGGUGCAUGCAUGGAGCAUUUGGGGAGGGAGAAUAAAAGGAGCCAUUUCUAAGAGAGUGGGCAGAUAGUUUGAGGGAGAGAGUUGUUCUGGUCUGCGUGUAGCAUCCACUGCGAGAAAAGUAUCUACAGCUAGAGAAAGGAGUCUCUGAGCUCAGACUGAAAGACGGUGGGAGAGUAUUCAGACAGAAGUUAACUGGGGGGCUGAGUUUGGGCCAGGAGAAAUAGGAGCUGUGAGGAUACAGUCUGCUUGGGUUUCAUUUCAGCUAGGAGGGGAGUUAUCUUCUAGGAAGAGAAGAAUCCCAAACCAGUUAAGAAGGGCAUGGCGAUCCCCUGGGUCUGUUAUACUGCUAGAAGUACCUCAGGAGUGGGAGUCAUAAAAGGUUGGGUAACGUGACAGAAAGUGCCACGUUGUUUAAGAACUAGAGAAUUCACCUAUGCAGCAACUAAGCUAAGGAACUGAAGUGAAAUUACUGGAAAUAAAUAAAAUAAAUAAAUAUUUUUUUUAUUUAUACCCCGCCCUCCCGGGCUCAGGGCGGCUAACACCAAAUAUAAAUUAUAAUACAACAUAAUGGGGGGGGGAGUUAAUUAAAAUACGGCUUAAAAUGCAGCCUCAUUUUAGUAGUAGCCCAUAAAUCAAGACCAUAAAGGCAGGAAACAUCAGAUAUUCACCCGAGCCAGCUAUCCAUGCUGGUCCUACAUGGACCAGCAAAAAAGCCAUGGGAAAAUUUAUAUUCCAAAUCCCAUAUAAGGGGUCAGAGUGAGUCUAAGCCGAAGGCCAGGUGGAACAGCUCCGUCUUGCAGGCCCUCGGAAAGAUGUCAAAUCCCGCAGGGCCCUGGUCUCUUGUGACAGAGCAUUCCACCAAGUCGGGGCCAGUGUUAAAAAGGCCCUGGCCCUAGUUGAGACCAAUCUAAGCCACUCCAGCGCAAACCUGUCCUCCUCCCAAGCCGCCUCUAAUUCCCCUUGCUUUGCAGAAGAUGGUCACUUUUCUUGCCCUCUCUAGGACAUCUGGCUUCCAGGGAUGCCAGCGUCACCAAAAGCCAAGACAUGGCAUCCUAUUGCACAUGUGAGGUAUAUGGUGGGCAGGGAUGAAUGCUUCUGCUAAGAAAUGGGUUUAUGGGAAGACAGAUGGACAGAUUUAUGUGAAGACAGAUGUGAGGCUGGUUAUGCCACAGGAUAAAUAUGCUGAAAGAAGCUGAGGAUUUACCAUCUAAUCUAGAAACCUGUAACAUCUAACUGAAGAGUAGUUACUUAAAAGAAGCUGUGCAUUUACUACCUUGUUUAGAAGCCUGUAACAUCCAUUCGAUUUAGUAUAAUUAUUAAUGCUAACUGUUUCCCGAAGGAACAUUAUCUCCUGAUGCAUUCUUUGUUUUAUCAACUUUGUCCUGUAAAAUAAAUCUUUCUUAUUUCUUCAA